CUAGUUCCAGCUUCGGAAUCGUAUAAUGUAUCUGGACUUUGUCAUAUACUAAAAGUUUCAUUAUUGAUUAAACAAAAUGGCGCUUUGUUGGAAUUUUGCGUGUAUUUAUCUUUUUUAUGCGUUCCACUUUGUCAAAGGUUCGGAAACAAAAAAACUGACCCUGAAUGCGACUGAGAUAUAUAAAAAUAAUACCAUCAAACUGACUUGUAACAUUCACGAGGGUACGGCACGCUCAGUUGGCUGGUACAGGAACCAAGGUCGAAAGGUCAUCUCUAUUGGUUACGUCCAUGGCCUCUGUGAAACAAGUCCUCCUGAGCUGCCGUUUUCAGCGGAGUGUCGGUGUUUGGAUAUAACCUUGUAUACUUGCACGCUGACAGUGGAGCCGUCAGUGCAUAGCGGAGACGAAUGGGAAUGCUCGUAUGCAGAUAAUGGGUUAUCUAUCAAAAGCAACGAAGUAAGGAUAAGUGGGUCCAACGUUAGCCAUACUACAACAGAUUCACCUUCAACCGUAUCACGGAGCACAAGGCGUAGCGACGUUGUCAAAAAAGCUGUUUAUAUUCAAGAAACAACACAAGAUAGUACGACAGUAGCGAUUGAGAAAACGAAAGAAGAUACGACACAUGCAGGAAAAAGUAGGGAGAUACCAGCGAAUAGAAAAGACGUCGACUUCACAACAAUGCAAAAUCCAGCCAAGUUAUCUGGUGGCGUGUCAGAUAUGACUAUUAUCCUGGCACCUUCUUGCGGUGGGGUGUUUCUGGUGGCAACUGUUGUUUUGAUAAUUUGCUGUAUGAAGAGGAAAAAACGUGGACCAGAUGAGCAAUCUGAAAAUGCAACGAUGAGGAAUGGCGUCAGGACCCAAUCAAUAGUAAAUACUUUAGAACGCAUCUACGCUAACAACAGUGAGGCGAGGCGUCCAAGUGACGAACAAGCACGGAUCGGACAGCGAAAUGGAAACGCCAGCAACGGAAAUGCACAGGAGGACCAGUAUUAUCUCCAUGCAACUGAUAAGCAGGCAAAUGAACCACUUGGAAAUGACGAGAAUGUUUAUUACGCCAUAGGUAAUACUACAAGUUUGGAUCGAAGGAAUUCAGGAUUUCAAAAUGCCUCAAGACUCUGCAGGACAUUGCCGGCCCUACGUCCAUGUACCAAUGCAACCGACGAACAAGCACGGAUCGGACAGCGAAAUGGAAACGCCAGCAACGGAAAUGCACAGGAGGACCAGUAUUAUCUCCAUGCAACUGAUCAGCAGGCAAAUGAACCACAUGAAAAUGACGAGAAUGUUUAUUACGCCAUAGGUAAUACUACAAGUUUGGAUCGAAGGAAUUCAGGAUUUCAAAAUGCCUCAAGACUCUUCAGGACAUUGCCGGCCCUACGUCCUUGUACCAAUGCAACCGAUCGCUUCCGACCGCCUGACGAGAUAUUGAGGCCAAAGCGAGCUAUUGUGUCAUCCGGUGCCGAGUAUGCUGUGCCCGAUACUGAACUUUGUACCAUCGACAUAGGUGGACGUUCAAGCAGGCGUGGAGAUCAGGAACCACCAGGUUACGAGAAACUCGAUGACUGCAACAGAACGUACGAGACAAUGUACACAUUCAUAAAAACAGCGGGAAUGAAAUAAUUACGAUAUUACAGAAACAGACUGACAAUUUGAAACAAUUUUUACAUUCAAGGAAGCAAUCCGAACAAAACAAGCCGCCAUUUAGAAAGAAAGAGCUAGCGAGUAUACCCUAUGAAACACGGGAAGGGCAAUGUAUGCCACAUAUUUAAAAUGCCAAACAAACAUGAAUAUAUAAGGAUGAGCGCUUACCACAUUCUUUGUUUAGUUAGUUUCAAAUUAUUUGUUUUACAACAUCAUAUCAAUCACUUUCGCUGACGUGAUGUUACGGUGUGUGGUCUUGUUUCGUGGCGGGGUAUCCAGACGAAACCCAGUUGUCAACGAAACCUAACUCACAUGCGCCUAAGUUGAGAAUCGAAACCGGGUCGCUUCGGUUAGAAGCGAGUACGAUAACAAGUGCCCUAACGGGACAGCCUUUGUUUAGUUGAUAAACCAGUUUGGUCUAGACAACAUGUACAAAGUGGAUGACUCUGAAAUGUUUGGCUUCUCCCAAAACGCACAUAUAUGCUUAUGAAAAGUGACAAUCACCUGCUUAGAUUUUUUUUACCAAAUAGAAGAAUGCAAAACGUGAUGAAAAUUACGUCCAAUAAGGACCUUACAGAAGUUCAUAAGCUCUAGUUUAAUUAAUUGUUAUACUGUGUUAGAAUCAUAAAAAUAAAUAUUUCUAAAACUUGAUAAUUGAGAGGUUUCUUAUGAUUGAAAUUGACAAUGUUGCUUAUUUCGUUUGCUAACAUACGAUUUAAGAAUGUGCCUUUUUCUAUUGUUAUAUAAAAUUGCUCCGCAAUCUUGUAAACUGUUCACUUUCUUUCAAUGUUUGCUGUAUAAUAAAUCAAUUCAU